AUGACCAUGGCUACGUGGCUGACUGCUUUCGCCCUCAUCUUUCUUAGCUUAGUAGAACACUCGUCGACUGUGGAGCAAAAACCGCUUUCGAGUGUUUCUCAAUCCUUGCAUUCUGCUCAUUCUGAAUUACAAGACUGGUCGAAUGACCAUGAAUACUGGGACGUGAACAAACCAUCUGCCGAUAACUCUACCGCAAACCUCGUGUUCUCGACUGCCAGUUCUCUACUACAAUCCAUCCCUAAUUCACGGUAUCGAAACGGGCACACCAUCAUUCCCGGGAUCGUUCAAUCCGGGACCAUGCUUUAUCACGGUCGAGGAGAUUCGGACAUCCCUACCAUGGACUGGGUCGCAUUUGAGCCUGAAUCGUCUUACACUUUCUGUCGAAUAUUCGGUGGAGCUGAAAACUGUUGGCUUCAUAACUUUGUGGUUGGCCGUCCUCUUCGGGUGCUUUACUUUGAUGGAUCUGGUACAGCGCUAGCGGCAUUCCCCCAGGGCUCAAUGGAUAGUCAGGAUAUCUUCGCUUGGGGCGAAAUCAAGCCCGACAUGGCCCUGGACGAAGGAUCAAGGAUUCACAAAAUGUGCGAGUGGGCGUCGAAAUUGGGAUUGGAUGGGUUUAUCAGGACUGGCGUAAUUUACGAGAUAAUGCUCUGCAACUUUGGAUCGGUGAAGCUCGUCUCUUCUCAGCAUUUGAAAUCAACGCCGCCGACUUCAACAUACAUGCCAGCGCCCUCGGGACCUAUGAAGAUACCAUCAUAUACAGUGCCCAUAACGACCUUUGACGCAAUUCAAACACUAAAACUCCUGGGUCCUUUCGACUAUUAUCCUGGCUUAAGUCAUGUUCAGCUCGACCUGACGCAUUUUGUGUCGUUCUACGACACAACACUAGCUCCGUCGUUGAUUGCUGUUCGUUCUGGUAAACCUAGAUUGGCCCAUCGUUUGCUCGGUAUCGAUGAGGAUGAUAUUGUGCGGGUGAGGAAGUACUUGGAGGAACAAAUCGCAGAAACACCGUGGUCUUCUUUGCAGCUUGAGGCCGUCGAACACGGUAUCGACUGGCCUGCUUACCUACAUUCCAUCAUCAGCCUGUACGGAAAACCCCUCGAAGACAUCUGGGUCAUCAUUAACUCUACCUGGCCCCACGAUCCAUCCUGUACUCUGUCUCCUGUCGGGAACGCUUCCGAUUUUGCUUGGGCUUCUCCCGUUUACAAAGAAUGUGCAUUGUCCCACACUUCGUCCAUCUCAACCACGUCACGUACAAAGUCGGAAGCUCUUCUACGUAAUGCGGUGGAAGGAACGACGCGCGAACUAUGCCGAGCUUUGACUAAGAUGUGGGCCAUGGGCGUCCAUGAGGGGUUAAGUUCCCUUUUUGACUCUCCAACGUCAUCCGCACAUCCUCUUGUACGGAAUGCAGUUUUGGAUGCCUGGAAACUCGAGCUAGGAAAUUUGAUACAAUGGCUUGACUGGAACGUUUGGAUUAGGUGCAAGCCUGCAUGCGGUGAACAGGAACUGUGUCACAUCCCAAAUUUCCCUUUUAGCGUAGGAGACGUUUCGCUGCCAGUUUGGCGUGAAGACGACCCAAAACCUCGCUCAAAAUAUAUCCCCAAUGUAAAUGUUUUCGGGACCCCUCGCAAGGUCUAA